AUGUCGGACCCAGAAGACAGCCACAUGCUUGGGAGCUCAUCCUCAUCCGACGACGAAGCCAUGUUCCCCUCAGAACUCGAGCCCCCGGGCUCAACCUUCCAUGACAAUCUCGCCCCCCUUGAGGCCCAGCCUUCUGGCCUAUCACCCCCCCAGUCGCAAGAGUUACACGACCCGAUGGACACAGCGGAAGCAAGCCACGAUAUGAAUGGUGCCGACCAGCUUAUGGAUGCGGCGCAGGGCGUAGGUCAGAGCAACGGCAAUGGCUGGGAGCCAAAGAGCGAGUUUGCAAAGAGUGCGGAACUGGUGCACGAGCCGGGGAGUUGCUGGAACAAUAAGAAGGCGAGGGAGGAGUGGCAGAAGGCUUGGAAUCAGAUUGAAGACAAGAAUUUCAGUCUCAAGGAGUUCGGUGACCCUUUCGAUGAGAGUGAAGGGAGGCAAGGAAAUGGAAAAUGA